AGUAGGUGCCGCGCUCCCGGGAGCCCGGGCAGCACUCAGGCCGCGCGCUCCCCUCCCCGCAGCAGGCCGAGGGCCGCCACCCGCCAGGGACUGGGCAGGAGCGCGCCGCGGAGCCGGGUCGGGGUGGGGACGGCGCCUUUUGUCGCCGGAGACUCCUGGAAGUUUGCGGCGGGACGCGCGCGGGGGAGGCGGCCGAGGCAGCCCCGACGUCGCGGGAGCGAGUGCGCGGAGCCAGCAUGGGCAGCGGGCGCGGCGCGGGGGGCCGGCGCGGGGCCGCCGGGGGCGUGCUGCUGGCGCUGGCCGCCGGGCUUCUGGCCGCGGGUUCGGCCAGCGAGUACGACUACGUGAGCUUCCAGUCGGACAUCGGCUCGUACCAGAACGGGCGCUUCUACACCAAGGCGCCGCAGUGCGUGGACAUCCCGGCGGACUUGCGGCUGUGCCACAACGUGGGCUACAAGAAGAUGGUGCUGCCCAACCUGCUGGAGCACGAGACCAUGGCCGAGGUGAAACAGCAGGCCAGCAGCUGGGUGCCCCUGCUCAACAAGAACUGCCACAUCGGCACCCAGGUCUUCCUCUGCUCGCUCUUCGCGCCCGUCUGCCUGGACCGGCCCAUUUUCCCGUGCCGCUGGCUCUGCGAGGCCGUGCGGGACUCCUGCGAGCCGGUCAUGCAGUUCUUCGGCUUCUACUGGCCCGAGAUGCUCAAGUGUGACAAGUUCCCCGAGGGGGACGUCUGCAUCGCCAUGACCCCGCCCAAUGCCACUGAAGCCUCCAAACCUCAAGGCACAACUGUGUGUCCUCCAUGUGACAACGAGUUGAAAUCUGAAGCCAUCAUUGAGCAUCUCUGUGCGAGCGAGUUUGCACUGAGGAUGAAAAUAAAAGAAGUAAAGAAAGAAAACGGUGACAAAAAAAUCAUCCCCAAGAAGAAGAAGCCCCUGAAGUUGGGGCCCAUCAAGAAGAAGGAGCUGAAGAAGCUUGUCCUGUACCUGAAGAACGGGGCCGACUGCCCCUGCCACCAGCUGGACAACCUGAGCCACCACUUCCUCAUCAUGGGCCGCAAGGUGAAGAGCCAGUACCUGCUGACGGCCAUCCACAAGUGGGACAAGAAAAACAAGGAAUUCAAAAACUUCAUGAAGAAAAUGAAAAAUCACGAGUGUCCCACUUUCCAGUCGGUCUUUAAGUGAAGCUC